GUCAUUACGCCUGUGACGGAAGAAGAAAACGUGUGUUUUGCGUCGCCAGUCAGACCAAGAUAAUAAAACUUAAAUUAAAACGUUUGUGAGAAACCAUAUUUGAAACGUCAUGGACGACGAAGAGGAAACAUACAGACUGUGGAAGAUUCGUAAAACAAUUAUGCAGCUGUGCCACGAUCGAGGUUACCUGGUGACUCAGGACGAGUUGGACCAAACUCUGGAUGAGUUCAAGAGUCAGUUUGGAGACAAACCUAGCGAGGGUCGCCCCAGACGCACAGACCUCACAGUGCUGGUGGCACACAAUGAUGACCCCACCGACCAAAUGUUUGUGUUUUUCCCAGAGGAGCCUAAAGUGGGAAUCAGGACAAUUAAAAUGUACUGUCAGAGGAUGCAGGAGGAGAACAUCACACGAGCCAUCAUUGUUGUUCAGAUGGGCAUGACACCAUCAGCCAAACAGUCUCUCGUUGACAUGGCACCUAAGUACAUCUUGGAACAGUUUCUACAGCAGGAGCUGCUUAUCAACAUUACAGAGCAUGAACUUGUUCCCGAACAUAUUGUCAUGACUAAAGAGGAAGUGACUGAGCUACUAGCACGAUAUAAAUUAAAGGAGAGUCAGUUACCGAGGAUUCAAGCAGGAGACCCUGUGGCUCGCUACUUUGGCUUGAAGAGGGGACAGGUAGUAAAGAUUAUCAGACCAAGUGAGACAGCUGGACGCUACAUUACUUACAGGCUUGUCCAGUGAUGAUUUUUUUUUGGGGGGGAUGGCCAUGUCAGAACUCAUUCCUCAUCACCAAAUUGUGGAUUUAGUGUAGAGAGAUGUUUACUGUAGUUCAGUUAUUUUGCACAAUAAACUUUUUUGUUCAGUGGGGUAA